GUCUGGAGUGGCCCCACAGCGGCUUCUCUACAGCACGGGGCUCCCCCGGCGCUCCGCUUCCCUCUGGGAGCUGCCAGGGGAGCGUCAGGGAAAGGAGGGCGAGCGCUGAGCCCGAGGAGGAGGGCGGGGAAAAUUCGCCUCCCUGCGCGUUCUGAGGGAGCGAUCGGCGCGAACGACCUGGAGCUGAGGCGGGGAGGUUUGGGCUGGGUAUAGGGAUGGGUUCUUCAUGCAGGGGAUGGUCGGACGCUGGGACAGGCCGCCAGGGGAAUUGGUGUCAGCACACAGAGGGACCCACGCCGGCAGGCUGGGUUGCUGGGCUGAGAGCAGCGGGGUGAGGGUCAGCAAGGCCGAGUGCCGGGUCCUUGGGCCGCCUCAGCCCUCUGCAGCCUUCCAGGAUAGCCGGAGAGUCCCUGCAAAGCAUCCCAGAGGGAAAGGGCCUGGGGGUGCUGUCAGAGAGCUGCUGAACACGAGCCCAGGUGGCCGAGAAGGACAAUGGCAUCCUGGCAUUGUCAGCAGGAGCAUGGCAGUGACCGUGCCCGUGUUCUGGGCACCGCUGAGGCCCCACAUUGAAUUGUGGGGUCAGUUGCGGGUCCCACGCUACAAGAAAGACUUUGAGGUGCUUAAGAGUGUCCAGAGAAGGGAAUUGAGCUGGGGCAGGCUCUGGAGCACAAGUCGGAUGAGAAGUGGCUGGGGAGGCUCAGCCUGGAGAAAAGGAGGCUCAGGGAGAACCUUCUCUCUCUACAGCUCCCUGACAGGAGCCCCCCAUGUGGGGCCAGACUUUACUCGCUGGUUACAAGUGACAGGACAAGAAGAAGUGGCCUUGAGCUGCACCAGAGGAGGUUUAAGUUGGACAUAAGGAGGAAUUUCUUCAUGAAAAAGGUUGCCAGGCCUUGGAAGGGGCAGCCCAGGGAGCUGCUGGAGUCACCACUUCGGGGGGUGCCCAAAGAGCAGCUGGAUGUGACACUUAGGGCUCUGGGCUGCUUGACACAGUGAUGGUCAUUCAAAGGUUGGACUGAAUGAUCUCAGAGGUCUUUCCCAACCAAAACAAGCCUGUGAUUCUGGGAUUUAAAUUGAUUUUAUGUGGUAUUUGUACGAUUUGGAGGCAAUGCACGUUUCUGUUGUCAGGAGCCACUUGUGUGCAGUGUGACUGGACAGGAGAUUAACCAAGCUGUGGUUCUGCUCUCCCAGGUUCCAUGGGGAGAUUAACCAAGCUGUGGUUCUGCACUCCCAGGUUCCACGGGGAGGGCUACCAGGAGGGGCUUGCAGAGGGCAGCCACGCUGGCAUGGCUGAGGGCAGGAGGCAUGGAGCACUGCAUGGAGCCAGGAUGGGCUCAGAGAUUGGCUGCUACCUUGGGUUUGCACUGACGUGGCACUGUCUGCUCCAGAAAUGCACAGAUCCAAAGAACAGCAAAAAGCUAAGGGCUCUGGAUUCCUUAAUAGGGAUGAUUCAGAAAUUCCCAUAUGAAGACCCCACUUAUGAUAAGCUGCAAGAAGAUCUGGAAAAAAUCAGAGGAAAAUUUAAACAGGUUUGUUCAAUGCUAAAUAUUCAGUCUGAUUUUAGACUUGGUAAUGAGAGAUCUUCACUGACAUUUUGAAUGCAACAGAUGAAGAUAAUCGUGGAUGACCAAAGGAAAAAAAACAUUAACAGAACUGGAAAACUUUCUAUCUACUUUUAUAUUUUAAAAAAAUCAAAAUAGUGAAGAGAUGUUAAAGGGGAAGUGAAAAAUGACUGGACUUGCAGUAUUAUUUAACAUUUAUUUUCUCCAACUUCUAUUUAGGAUAUUACACACACUAGUGUGUAAAUCUGUUAAAUAGAAAUAUUUGUUUUAAUUCUUUGCUAGUCUUUUACUGAUAAUUCCUCAAAAGGAAAACAAGCAUUUGCACACUUUCCUUGUUUAAAGGAUGUCUGUAACUUAAAAAUCUGUGUAUGCAGAUGAUUCAGUUUACACAAUGUGUACAUGCUGUGGGUGAAGGAAAGUAAAAUCAACUCCCUGCAGACUUUGCAGCAGAAAACAUUUUUGUGGGGAGAAGAUGGAAUGACAAAGCAGAUCAGAAUGCAGAGGAGAAGGAUGAAGAUGCCUGCUUAGAAUAUGGAAUUUGCACCUGGAUUUUCCAAUAGUUUUGCAGACUGAUGGGGGAAGGGAGCAAACUCCACAAAAUCCAACCACUUCCCUACAAGUUACCAGUUUAAAUGAUGGAUGAGAUGAACAUGACUGCCAGGAGAGUUGGGAUUCUCAUUGACUAUAUUUAUCAGUACCUCUCACACAGACCAGCUUUUUAUGUGCCAGCCUUGAAAAGUGACAACUUCAGUCUCAUUCCAAACCACUGGAUGCUGCCAGCUGUGUUAGCUGAGAGGAGUGCCUGGAACAGGCUUUGCCUUGGGCUGCUGGAUGUCUUUGCAUUCCAGUGAGGAAUUCCAGAAUUCCUUUUACCACCUGUACCCUGUGUGUGUCUGGCUCUGCCUGCCUGGCAUGGUUCAGCAUUAUGAAUUUGAAAUGAAAAAUGAAAAUCAAAGACAGAUUUGGUUUGUUUAAUUGUCUUAGAUGUGAAUUUUGAUCCCCACAGGCAGUGUCAGAGCCAUCUAGUGGAUGUGUGGGAUUGUAGGAGCUCACAAAUACUUGUGUAGGUGAAGUGGUUAAAAUAGUACAGAGUGUACACACUCAUGAUGAUUCUAAUUAUGUGGAGAAUAUCUUUGCACUGAAGUAACACUGAGGCAGGAAUGAAUUUUUACUUGUUUCCUCGUUUGCUAAAAUGUCUGUAAAAGCAAGGGCAGGGUUGUGAGAGCUCCAGGUGGAGCAUUUGUUUAAUAGAAGUGUGUGACAUGUGGGUGACAAGUCGAGGUGCUGCUCCAGAGAUUGUAUCAAACACAAUUAUUUUUGUUCAGCUCAAGAGAGAAAAGGUCUCUGGCACUCAGGUGGUGACUUUAUUUGGAAAAUUGGUUUGGUGGCUAAUUUUCUUGUAUUGCUUUAGUUCUAUUUAAAAAAAUACAUAAUAAAUUAUUAUAUAAAUACAUGUGUAUAUACUAUAAGUAUUGUAUCAACCAGGGUUUCCAGCUGGGAUAUACCAAGCUUAGGGUUAUCUAUUAGGUCUUUAUUCUUUUUAAUUAGGUCUUUAAUUAAGUUUCAUUUGUGUGGACACACUGAUGGAGUCUCUUCUUCCAUGAGUCUGUAUUUUUCUGCAUAUCUUCUGUUUCACACCUUGUGUGGGCCUGAUUUAGUUUAUUAAAUGAGGUACAAUUCAAAAUUCUGUUGGAUGUGCAGUUGUGUGCUUUCUUCAGUGCCAUUUUUUUUUGUUUUCUGCAGUGAUUUGUGGGGGUUUGUGUCACGUUCAGUGCUGUGGCAGUGGAACAUUCCCAGCAUUCUGAAGAGGUGUUUUUAUGCCUGAUUUACAGCUGAGGUUUUGGGUAUGCCUGAUUUAUAGCCCAGGUUACAUCAAGAAUAUUCAUUUGUCUUUGUCUUAGAGUCACAAAGACAUAGAAAAACAUGCAACCUUGUACAUUAUGAUACUUGUUAUUAAUAAAGCAGGACAUUGAGAUUGUG